GCAGUUUGACAGCCACCAGAUGUUAGAGCUCUGUGGGUGUGACACGGCGGCGGCCUCACAACAGCUGAUGGCUGUCAACAACAACAACACCGCCGGUCAUAUUCACUUUCGGUCAUAAUCAUACUUUUGAAUUUGAUAUUGCCAUUUUAAAGUGAAUUUAAUGAUUUAAGACGCAUUAAGCAUAUGUAUAUAUCUUAAGUUUAAAUUCUUUUUUAAUGGAACAUGUUACCAUAGUAACAAUUUAUCGUGAUGAUGGCCUUGUCAAGUCUAGAGCUUGACAAGGCCUAGAGCCAGACAAGAGUCUAGGCAAGGCCUAGGCAGGCCCAAGGUAAGGCCAAGGCAGGGCCAAGGCAGGGCCAAGGGACCAAGAUGUGAUGCCUAUAUAGCACAGGUUAUUUUCUUAACAAAUUUUAUAAAGCGUGAUCUGACUGAUAUCUAACUGGCCCAGCAGAGGGAUGCUAGUCAAAAUGGACAAUAUUCAACAAUUGUACAGAGAACCCGCCCUUACGAUGUCGGGAUCUGGUGGCAGUGAGGAUGUUGAUUCAAGCAUUAAGGCUCAGUUGGAAGAUGAGGUAAUCCGUGAGGCCCUCACUUCAGGGACAGACCUCAGACAGUACUCACAGUCUGUUGAGAAGGAACUCCGACAGCUUGAAAAUUUGAGCAUACAGGAUUAUAUCAACAAGGCCCAGAAUAUAGCUACACUUCACCACCAAAUUACAGAGUGUGAUUCAAUUCUUGAAAAUAUGCAGGGUAUGCUGGAAGGAUUCCUGACUCAUUUAUCUACAAUUAGUCAGGAAAUACAAUCUCUUCAAGAACAAUCAGCCACAAUCAAUAUCCAGUUGACUAACAGAAAGCAAGUUCAUGCAGAGAUGUCAGCAUUCAUUGAUCAACUUAUGGUCCCUGAAGUUAUGAUACACCAUAUUCUCAACACCUCUGUGACAGAUGAGCUCUUCAUGCAACAACUUAAGGCACUGAAUGAAAAAAGCAAAUUUAUCAAGGAACAAAAUUUUAGAGAUGCCCACUCUUGCCAAGAUGUUCAAGAUAUUGUAGACAAACUCACAGUGAAAGCUGUCAGUAAGAUUCGAGAAUAUUUACUCCAAAAGGUGUACCAGUUUCGGAAACCUCUCUCUAACUAUCAAAUACCACAAAAUGCAAUGAUCAAGCACAAGUUUUUCUUUGAAUUCCUGCUCCUACAUGCAAGAACAAUAGCUGCAGAAAUUCAUGAUGAGUAUGUUGAAACGAUGAGCAAGGUCUAUAGCUCUUACUUCCAAUCAUAUACAAAACAGCUGUGGAAGCUACAGUAUGAGGAAGGUGUGACACGUGAUGACCUUAUGGGUGUAGAAGAUUCAAGAGCCAACAGCUUCUUCACGAAGAGUCUCAAGAGUCGAGGAACUGUGUUCACACUGGGCACCAGAGACUCUGUGCUCUCUCCUGCUGGCCUUAUUCAGGAUAUAAUUGUGCCUCACACUGCCAGCAAAAAUGAAGCCAAGUAUGCAUUUGAAGUGCUAUUUAGAAGUCAGCAGUAUGCACUGAUGGACAAUGGCUGCCGGGAAUACAUAUUUCUCACAGAGUUCUUCAUGGUCCGAGAUAGUGAUGCUUUAAAGCUCUUCAUGACUGUGAUGGGCAAAACACUCCAACAUGUUCAGAAAGAGGUGUGUGGUGUAGUUAUGGGUUGCUAUGACUCAAUAGCACUUUACUUGUGUGCACACCUUAUUCAUCAGUAUCGACUCUUGUGCCACAAAAGGGCAGUUCCUGCUUUAGACAAUCAUUGGGAACAGUUACUUCACAUGAUAUGGCCCAGGUUUGAAUACGUGGUGAAGAUGAACAUACAGAGCAUUCAGGAAUGUGAUCCAUCCAAAAUGACAGCACUGGACAUGCGGCCCCAUUAUAUCACCCGACGGUAUGCAGAAUUCAGUGGUGCAGUGAUGGUUCUACAUGAGAAGUUCCCACUAGAGGGUGUCGAUAGCCUUAUGUUACAACUUCAGGAUGAAGUGGAGAAAGUUAUACUCAAAAUGGCUGCUGUCUUUCACAACCGAAAAGAUCAGCUUAUUUUCCUCAUCAAUAAUUAUGACAUGAUGCUAUCUGUACUGUCUGAGAAAACGCGCGAGGACAGCCGGGAAUGUGAGCGUCUCAAGGAAUUACUUGGUCAGCGUACUGGAGAGUAUAUAGAAGAGGUGCUUGCACCACACUUUGGUGGCAUGCUGUCAUUUGUGAGGGAAACGGACCAUCUUAUUGCAAACAACAAUAUUGAAGCCUUGAAAGAUUAUGAAAAGAAAGUUGUGUUAUUAGUUAGAUCAUUUUCAACCACCUGGAAAAGAUCAGUUGAACGUCUCAACAAUGAGGUGAUGCAGUGCUUUACCAAUUUCCGCACUGGGACAGUGGUUCUGCAGCGAGCUCUCGAGGCCCUCAUCACGGCCCACCACACGUUUAAUAGAAUCCUGGCUCACCAAGCCUUUCAACAUCUGAACAUCAAGGGAGAUAUUGUAAAUUCACAUCAUUUGAUUGUAGAAGCCAAAAAAUAUAAGCCAACGUUUUAGAUUAUUAAGAAUUAAAAAUUAUACCAUGUAGAAAUUUGUAUGUUUUAUCUUUCCAUUACUUACUGAUUAAGAAUUAGGGAAGUUUAAGAAACUUGUUAUUUUUGUUCAACAACACUGUAAACUUCCUAAUUUUGUGUGUCCAACCACUUGGGCUGGAUGGUAGUGUGACGGUCACGCUUCAUGCAGGUCAGCGUUCAAUUCCCAACCGUCCAAGUGGUUGGACACCGUCCCAUUUUCCCAUCCCAUCCUAAAUCCUUAUCUUCAUCUCUUCCGAGUGCUAUACAGUCAUAAUGGCUUGACACUUUCCUCUGAUAAUUAACUCCCUUCUCUCCGUAAAUAUAUUUGACAAAUUUUCCUAUGGCACUACAGUUAUUACUGUAUAUAAACUAUGCAAGGCUUAUUGUUGAUAAAUAAAAAUAAAUAUCAUAAAAUCUUGGUGAAACAUUUUGGCUAGUUUGUGUUUUUGUUACCGUUUGUUUGUGUUUUGUUUUGCAUUUGAGUUCAAUGCAGCAUUCCUGGUAACUAAGGUUCACAUAAAAACAUUAAAUUUAGCAAAUUUGA